UAAAAAAAAUCAUUUUUUAAUUUUUGCCCUGUCUAAUUUUUCUUUUAAGAUAGGUAUUCUUAGGCAAAAUCAGUUUCAUCACUAUCUUUUUCGUUUAAAAUUUAAGUUAUUUUUUCAUAAUUACUUUACUUAUUGGAAGAUUAUUUAGAACGUGAAGAUAAAUUAGAUUAUUCAGAAAACUAAGAAUUAUUAAUUUUAUAUUAAAAUGAAAAAGGAGUCGGUUCAGUUUACAUUCUUUCCUUUUGAUUAAAUAAAUUGCUAAAAUUAAUUACUUUUUUGGUUUUUUUUUUAAAUUUUUUAUUUAUUAUCUUAUAAAUAGAAAAAGAAUGCAUUCUACUAUUAUUUAUAAAUAGGUUCUUUCUUUUUGUUCUUUAUUUCUACACUUUAAAUUUCUGUCUUUAAAAUUCUAUUGUUUUCUGUUUUUAACUAUUUUUCUUAACUUCUUUAGUCUCUUUAAGACUUUAAAACAAAUUACUUUUUGUUUAUGCAUUAAACCGAUUUUUUUUACUGAAGAUUUUUUUAUUGACUUACCUAUAAUUAAUUCAAUUUUAGUUAUAUUUCGGAUUUUAUAUGUUUCAUAAUCUGUCCUUACUAUUAUUGGCUAUUUUUUAAAUUAUCUGUUUAUUGUUAUGGAAAUUUUUAUUAUUAUGGCAUUAUAGUUUUAGGAGAUUAUUAUUUUCUUUCUUUUGAUUAGUCUUUUUGUAUACUUAUUUCGCUUUAGAUUUUUUUUAAGUAUAAAGCUGAU